AUGAAACGGCUCGUGGCGAUUCUGACAGUGCUUGGUGUUGUUGUGACAGAGUCCAUACCAGAUCCUCGAUUGAUUGGCGGCAACAAUGCCGCUUGGGGUCAGUUUCCAUCAGCCGUUUCAAUCAACACACCGUUCCUCCUUCACUGUGGGGGCGUCAUUGUGGACUCCCAACAUGUUCUCACCGCAGCCCAAUGUGUUCUCAACGCCGAAAACCGAUUGAUCGAUCCCUUCUGGUUGACAAUUGUUGCUGGAGAUAUCGCCUUAGCCCCAGUUGGAGCACGUCGUCAAACUCGGAAGGUGUCUCGAAUCUACGUGCAUCCGGAGUUCAAUGUGUUUACGCACGAGAAUGACGCGGCUGUACUGCGGUUGAAUCGCCCAUAUAAUCUUCCAUCGAAUACGGUGGAUGUAGCUCGCCGGAGAAUGCGAAUAACGCCGAACAACGAAGUUUGUCAUUUUGCCGGUUGGGGAGUGUCCUCGGUGAUGACUAACGCUCCGGUGAAUGCACUGCAGCGCUUUUUCCCGAUGACGGUCAACGACCGUGAUCUAUGCAAUGGAGCUGGAAUGCAUGUAGGUCGUGUACAGGAAACGAUGAUCUGUGCGGGUAACAUGGCUGCUUCCAGCAAUACCGCCCCUUGUACGGGGAAUCUAGGAACAGGACUCUACUGCAACCGUCAGCUGGUGGGAAUUCUGUCUUUCGGGCUGAAUUGUGGCAGCGCAAACAAUCCACCGGUAUUCACACAGGUUCGGUACUAUAGUCGCUGGAUCGAUGAGCAACUCAAUCGUACCGAGGGAUCGCCACCAAAUUGGACUCCAGGGAUUCUGUAA